AUGACCAAAAAAAGGAAAAACAAUAGUCGUGCCAAAAAAGGCCUCGGCCAUGUGCAGCCAAUUCGCUGCACGAACUUCGCCCAGUGUGUGGCCAAGUUCAUCAUUCGGAACAUUGUAGAAAACGCUGCAGUCAGGGACAUAUUUGAAGCAAGUGUCAUCGACGCUUACGUGCUUCCCAAGCUCUUUGUCAAGCUGCACUACUGCGUGAGCUGUGCCAUUCACAGCAAGGUCACCAGGAAUCCAUCUCGUGAGGACCGAACACUCCCACCACGAUUCAGACCUGCUGGCGCUGCACCACGACCUCCACCAAAGCCCAUGUGA